UCCAGAAUCUGAAGAAGAUAGCUCCAAAUGCUGUUUAUUUUACUUCAUUUUCAGACUCGGAGGACACUGAUUCAGAUGAAGAGAAUGAAGAAGCCCCAAUGACUCUUGUGGAAUGUAUAAGACACAUUAUGAGCCACAAUGUUCCAGAUGAAGAUAGUUAUUUGAAGGGCUACUUCUGCAAGAGUCGUUGUAAAGAGAUUGAGUUGCUGACCAAAGAGCAAAGCAGCUGUGAACACUGGCACAAACAUCGCCAAUGCCGCAUUACAGCCUCGAAAUUUGGAGAGGUGUUCAAACGAAGAACUUUAACUAGUUCCUAUGCUCAAAAGUUCAUCUUUCCUCGUUCUGAAUUACGCACUCAGGCGAUUGAAUGGGGGCGCAAAAAUGAAGAGGUUGCACUGAGAAUGUACGUGCAGAAGGCAAAAAGUAUCCACACGAAUUUCCAGCAUCGCAGGAGUGGCCUCUGCCUCAACAGCAAGUUUCCACAUUUAGGAGCUUCACCUGAUGCCCAUGUUUUAUGUUCUUGUUGUGGAAAAGGGAUAGUGGAAAUUAAGUGCCCUUUCAAGCAUAAAAAUGUUUCGGCAUUUAAUAUUAAUGAUUCUUCUUUUAUUCUAGAUACUGAUGGCAAAAUCAGGACCAACCACAGCUAUUAUUUCCAAAUUCAGGGGCAAUUAGCAGUAACAGAAGAAGACUACUGUGACAUGAUUAUAUGGACUUCUGUUGAUUUUGCAGUUUACAGGGUGAAACAAAAUAAAGAAGUCUGGAAGAAGUCUGGAAGUCUGUAUACAAAGGGUUAA